AUGGAGCCCACCGCUGGUGACUUACAGCUUGUGCCUGGGACAGCAAAGGAAGUCCCAGCUCCCUACACCUCGUGCUGCCGCAUGGCCCUCUGCGUUGUUGUGGCCACCAGCACCAUCAUGGUCACCCUGGGAGUCCUCAUGGCCGUGCCAUGUGUCAAAUGCUCCGUCAUCACGUGUGACCCGUGGCUGCCACGUGGGGCAGGGCAGUUUGUGAGCAGCUUUCGGGAGACCGAGUUGGAGGCCAGCUGUGUGCGCUGCACCGUGCUAAGUUACAGGGAUGGGAAUUCCAGCGUCUUCGUGCAUUUCCGGCUGCACUUCCUGCUGCAAGCCUCGCAGUCACUGAGUCUGGGCCUAGAGGAGGAGCUGUUGCAGCAGGGACUCCGAGCGAGGCUGCAGGGGCACGGUAUCCCCCUGGCUGCCCACGGCACCAUUGUGUCCGCCCAGCUCACAGGCAACCAAAAAGCGCCGUGGACAGAAAGAGAUUUAAAAUCAGGUCACUGCCCAGGGAACACCUUUUCCUGCCGCAACGGCCAGUGUGUGACCAAAGUGAACCCGGAGUGUGACGACAGAGUGGACUGCUCCGACGGAUCUGAUGAGGCCCACUGUGACUGUGGUCUACAGCCCGGCUGGAAGACAGCCGGCCGGAUCGUGGGUGGCGUGGAAGCGUCCCCGGGAGAGUUCCCGUGGCAAGUCAGCCUUCGAGAAAACAAGGAACACUUCUGUGGGGCUGCUGUCAUCGGGGCCAGGUGGCUGGUGUCCGCGGCCCACUGCUUCAGCGGAUUCCAAGACCCGGCGGAGUGGGUGGCCUACGCAGGCACGACCCACCUCAGUGGCGCAGAGGCCAGCACGGUGCGGGUGCGCGUGGCCCGCAUCACCCCGCACCCCCUGUACAACCCGGACACGGCCGACUUCGACGUGGCGGUGCUGGAGCUGGACGGCCCGCUGGCCUUCGGCAGGCACGUCCAGCCCGUGUGCCUGCCUGCCGCCACGCACGUCUUCCCGCCGCGGAGGAAGUGCCUCAUCUCCGGCUGGGGCUACCUCAAGGAGGACUUCCUGGUCAAGCCAGAAACGCUGCAGAAAGCCACAGUGGAGCUGCUGGACCAGGGCCUGUGUGCCAGCCUGUACGGCCACUCGCUCACCGACAGGAUGCUGUGUGCCGGCUACCUGGACGGGAAGGUGGAUUCCUGCCAGGGCGACUCGGGAGGCCCCCUAGUCUGCGAGGAGCCCUCUGGCAGGUUCUUCCUGGCCGGCAUCGUGAGCUGGGGAAUAGGUUGUGCGGAAGCCCGACGCCCCGGCGUCUAUGCCCGAGUGACCAGGCUGCGUGACUGGAUCCUGGAGGCCAUCGCCACGGCAGGCCGGCCUCUGGCCCCCACGGCGGCUCCCGCCUCCACCACCGCCAGCACUGCCCGGCCCACCAGUCCUGAGAGCCCCGCCAGGCCCACUCUGGGCCUCAGCGCCGCGCCUCCCGACUCAGUCACCGCCUCUAAGCCACAAGAGUGCGGGGCCAGGCCCGCCAUGGAGAAGCCCACUCGGAUCGUGGGCGGGCUGGGAGCCGUGUCCGGGGAAGUGCCCUGGCAGGUCAGCCUGAAGGAAGGUUCCCGGCACUUCUGUGGCGCCACCGUGGUGGGGGACCGCUGGCUGCUGUCGGCCGCCCACUGCUUCAACCACACGAAGGUGGAGCUGGUGCGGGCCCACCUGGGCACCGCGUCCCUCACGGGCGUCGGCGGAAACCCAGUGAAGAUGGGGCUCAAGCGCGCAGUGCUGCACCCCCAGUACAACCCCGGCAUCCUGGACUUCGAUGUGGCCGUGCUGGAGCUGGCCGGGCCCCUGGGUUUCAACAAGUACAUCCAGCCUGUCUGCCUGCCCCUGGCUAUCCAGAAGUUCCCCGUGGGCCGGAAGUGCAUGAUCUCCGGCUGGGGUAACACACAGGAGGGAAACGCCACCAAGCCUGACAUUCUGCAGAGAGCGUCUGUGGGCAUCAUAGACCAGAAGGCGUGCAGCGCACUCUACAACUCCUCCCUCACGGACAGGAUGCUCUGCGCCGGCUUCCUGGAGGGCAAAGUGGACUCCUGCCAGGGCGACUCCGGGGGACCCCUGGCCUGCGAGGAGGCCCCUGGUGUGUUUUACCUGGCGGGGAUUGUGAGCUGGGGGGUCGGCUGCGCUCAGGCCCAGAGACCUGGCGUGUACGCUCGAAUCACCAGGCUGAAGGGCUGGAUCCUGGACACCAUGUCCUCCGGGCUCCUCCCCACCGCGAGGACCCCCGCCACCAGGCAGUCCUCUGGGACGGCAGCGGCCUUCACAGUCCCGGGAGUCCCGGCCAGCACAGCCACCCCCUCGGCCACCAGCAGGGCAACCAGCCAGCCCGCCAACAUGACUGCAGCCACCGUAAGCGCCACUGCUGGGGGACAGACACCCCUCCCAGACGCCCCGAGGACCACCGUGGGCUUCCAGCCACCAGGUUUAGGGGCUCGCUGCAGCGAGGCAGCCCGCACACCUUCAGAACCAUUGCACGGCUCCCAGACCAAGGAAGGGUCUGGGGGCACAGAGGGGGUGGAUGGCAUCGAAAAGAAGCAGUCUCUGUUGGCUGCGGGCCCAGUCGGCCACAUGCCAGGGGUCCGGGCAAGGGUCGUCUAG